AUGACUCUUCAAGAGUUCGUGGAGGUGGCAGUUCGCAGCCAGCCCCACAAGACGGACGCACCACUACGUGCCAGCCAGUUCCGGCAGAAAUACCUGUGCCGCCUGCAAAAUCUGCAGGACCACCCUUUUGCCUAUGGCUCGCUAACGGUGCGGAGUCUGCUGGACAUGCGAGAGCACUGCCUGCUUGAGUUUGACUUUCCAGAUCCAUACUUCCAGCAAAAGCGACUGGAGAACGAGGCGGCGCUGAGGUUACUGCCAUCGCGGCUGUCGCAGCUGGAUGCCAUGGGCUGGCGUGAGCGGCAGGAAGCCCUCGUCACGGGCCUGCUGGCGGGCAAUGUCUUCGACUGGGGGGCCAAGGAGGUGGCCCGCCUGCUCAACAGUGGCGACUUUGGCUUCUCCGAGGCACGGAGUCAUCUCCAAGAGCGUCCCUGGCUCCAGGAUGACCUGGAUGCAUGGGUUGAGCGGCUGGAGAAAGGGCCCGUGCACCAGUGUGCAGCCAUCUUUGUCGACAACAGCGGCAUGGACGUGUUGCUGGGUGUGCUGCCAUUUGCCCGCGAGCUGAUCAGCCGAGGCACCAAGGUGAAGAUCAAAUCAUGCGCAGCACAUCCCAGGUGAAAAUGUUCCAAGUGGGGCCUGCUGGUCUAACUGGAUUACCCUAUUCCCAUCUGCUACCACUCAGCCACCUGCAGGAACCAGCAGAAACCAACUUCUGCCAGUUGGGAAUCGGCUAAUGAGGGCAGUCUUACUGGUCAGUUAUUUUCACCUGGGAUGUUUUAGUAUCACCACUGUCAUGGUGCCACAUCCUUCCAGUGGGUAUACGAUCUGGUUUGAAGUCUAGAGGCCACAACGUGAUUUCAUGUGCGAAGCAACAUGUGAAAAGCACACUGGUACCCACAUAACAGGACUCACAGAACUUUGAAAACAUUUGGUAUACAUGUUUCCUCACUGUAGACAGUGUGAUUGGUACUAAUCUAAUAAAGAUAAAUAAGCUUGCUGAAGAAAGCCAAGCAUUAUCCACAGUGAACAAAAAAGGUAAUUAAGAAAACAGUAAUCAACAGUAGCAAAAACUGCACCAAGUUU